CGUUAGGGCAUUCGCGAGUCCUCUCCAAAACCCCCGAUCUCGUUCUCGUUCUCAUUUGCCACUCUCCACUCCGCUUUGUUUCUAGGGUUUCGACCUCCAGAUCGCGCUCCAAUGGCGGCCGUCGUCCCCGCUCCUCCCUCAUCGUCGUCGAAGACCGAGAGCUACGUGGACACUAAGCGCCGUGAUGACGUCCGUCAGGCCAACAUUUUGGCGGCGCGCGCCGUCGCUGACGCCGUGCGCACCAGCCUCGGCCCCCGCGGUAUGGACAAGAUGAUCUGCUCCCCUUCCGGAGAUGUCAUCAUCACCAACGAUGGCGCUACGAUCCUCUCACGCAUGUCUCUUCUCCAGCCGGCCGCGAAGAUGCUCGCCGAGCUCUCCCACUCUCAGGAUGCUGCUGCCGGUGAUGGAACUACCUCCGUUGUCGUCCUCGCUGGAUCUCUUCUUCGACGAUCUCUUUCCCUCCUUUCAGCCGGCAUUCACCCCACUAUUGUCUCUGACUCCCUCCACAAGCUCUCUCUCAAGGCGCUUGAGAUCCUCCAAUCUAUGGCGAUACCAGUUGAGCUCUCUGAUCGCGAAUCCCUCGUCAAGUCCGCUGCGACAUCCCUCAACAGCAAGGUCGUCAGUCAGUACUCGUCCCUGCUCGCGCCGCUUGCUGUUGAUGCGGUGCUGACCGUUGUCGACCCCGCUAACCCCUCUCUCGUUGAUCUCCGUGAUGUGAAGAUCGUUAAGAAGCUCGGCGGAACUGUUGAUGACACUGAGCUGGUCCGUGGCCUUGUCUUUGAUAAAAAGGUCAGCCACGCCGCUGGUGGCCCAACUCGUGUUGAGAAUGCCAAGAUUGCUGUCAUCCAGUUCCAGAUCUCGCCGCCCAAAACGGACAUCGAGCAAAGCAUUGUCGUUUCUGACUAUACUCAGAUGGAUCGCAUCCUCAGGGAAGAACGAAAUUACAUCCUUGGAAUGGUGAAGAAGAUUAAAGCAACGGGAUGCAAUGUGCUUUUGAUUCAAAAGAGCAUUUUGAGGGAUGCUGUCACUGAUUUAUCACUGCAUUAUCUUGCAAAGGCUAAGAUUUUGGUGGUGAAGGAUGUGGAGAGGGAUGAGAUUGAGUUUAUCACUAAGACGCUGAACUGCUUGCCCAUUGCAAACAUCGAACACUUUAGGGAGGAGAAGCUUGGGUUUGCUGAUUGUGUGGAGGAGGUUAGUGUUGGGGAAGGAAAGAUUGUGAAGAUCACAGGAAUUAAGGAUAUGGGGAGGACAAUGACUGUGCUUGUGAGGGGAUCAAAUCAGUUGGUUAUUGAUGAGGCAGAGCGCAGUCUCCAUGAUGCUCUUUGUGUUGUCAGAUGUUUGGUUAACAAGAGGUUCCUGAUUGCUGGGGGAGGCGCUCCUGAAAUUGAGAUGUCAAGGCAGCUAGGGGCCUGGGCGAAGGAGUUGAAAGGGAUGGAGAGCUAUUGUGUGAAGGAGUUUGCUGAAGCACUGGAAGUCAUUCCAUACACAUUGGCCGAGAACGCAGGGCUAAAUCCAAUUUCCAUUGUGACCGAGCUUAGGAACCGCCACGCUCAAGGCGAGAUCAAUACCGGAAUCAAUGUGAGGAAGGGCCAGAUCACAAAUAUAUUGGAGGAGAAUGUUAUUCAGCCUCUCUUGGUUACCACCAGUGCAGUCACACUCUCAACUGAAUGUGUGAGAAUGAUUUUGAAGAUCGAUGACAUUGUCACUGUGAGGUAGGGUUUGUCUUCACUGUCAUGUAUGGAAUGUCUGCAAUGAGAGAGAA